AUGGCGUCAAAGUUAUGUGAAGGUAAAAGGUUGUUACUACUGCUUAUGGGGGCUAUCCUAAUCCUGCCGCAUAGUACUACAGUUCAUGGGGCCAGUGCUGGGAACUUCAGCCUAGCUCUGCCCAAUUGCCCAGAGAAGUGUGGCAACAUGAGCAUCCCUUACCCGUUCGGCAUUGGGAAAGACAGCCUAGGCAAAGACUGCUUCCUGAAGAAAGAUUUUGAAGUCAUAUGCAAUACCAGCCAGCAAGCUCCAACUAUCUAUAUCUAUACGGGGGGAGGAUCAGUACCGUACUCCAAGGUGUUGAAUUUCAGUCUUCUUGAUGGUGAGGCACGCAUUCAGAAUAGAAUACACUGGAGCUGCAAAUACCCGAACAGUAGCAAUAUCACGAAUGAUGAAUUCCCAGCAUUAUCACUAAAUCUCGGGAAUUCUUUGAAGGUUUCCUACACUAAGAACAAAUUUACAGCAAUCGGGUGUGCAACCCUUGCAAACAUAAGGGGUUCUACGGAUGAAAUCAUUGAUUUUGAUUUUAACAACUUGCGCUACACCAGCGUUUGUUCAUCGUUCUGCGACAGUGAAAAACAAGACGGUGUCCCUUUGGUCCUUGAUUGGAGUGUUGGUUCUGAAACUUGCGAGGAAGCCAAGAAGAACUCAUCAUCUUUUGCCUGUCGCACCUUGAACAGUGUAUGCAUCAACGCGACAAAUGGUUCAGGGUACCGCUGCAUCUGCUCUCAAGGUUACCAAGGCAAUCCCUACCUAGACGAAGGGUGCCAAGACAUCAAUGAGUGUGAUGACCCAUCUAUAUAUCCUUGCAUUAAUGGUAACUGCAUCAACACCAUUGGGAGCUACAAUUGUUCAUGCCCAGGAGGAACCGAGAGCAAGGAUCCCAAGAAUAUAGCCUGCACUCCAGUUUCUGACACGAACAAAAGUAUUUUGGUUGUCAUCAUUGGUAUAGGAGUUGGUAGCGCGGCAGGCUUUAUGAUUUUGGUUGUCAUUGCAUUCUUUAUUACUCAAAGGUUUAAGCACAGGAGGGCAAUGAAGUUAAAACAAAAGUAUUUUGAGCAGAAUCGUGGACAAUUAUUACAACAGUUGGUAUCCCAAAGGACUGACAUUGCGGAAAGAAUGAUCAUAACUGUGGAUGAGCUUGCAAAGGCAACCAACAACUUUGACCCAGCUCGUGAGCUAGGUGGUGGAGGGCAUGGUACAUCAUUUACAAAGGCCGCCUCACCGACAAAAGUGAUGUCUACUGACUUUGGUGUUAUUGUUGUGGAAUUGUCGACAAGGAAGAAACCAUUUUCAUAUUUUUCAUCUAACGGCGAGGGCCUUGUUGCACAUUUUUCCAAAUUACAUGGUGAAGGCAAUCUGAUCGAAAUACUAGAUCCUCAGGUUAUUGACGAGGGAGGCCAAGAAGUCCAAGCAGUGGCCGCACUUGCAUCAUCAUGUAUAAGGUUAAGGAGUGAAGAACGACCAACCAUGAGACAAGUGAACCGUGCACUAGAAGGUCUUCUCUCACCUGAGAAUCAUGCAGGGGCUAAUAAUAUGUUGGCAGAGGAAUUUGAUGAGAAUGGUCAGAUGAUGAUAGGUUAUCCAUCGCCUGAUGAGGGGCAAAGCAUGGGGGAAUCUACUAGAUGGUACAGUUUGGAACAAGAAUCAUUGAUGGUUGUGCAUUCUCGGUAG